GGCGGCAAGGUUGAACCAGGUGAAACCGUAGCGGAAGCUGCCGCGCGUGAACUCAAAGAAGAGGCGGGUAUCGAAGCGCCUCUCGAACAUUAUGGCACGUUCUUGUUCGUCACUCGCGGUGGGUCAGAAUGGGCGUUCCAGAUAGAAAUAUUCCGCGCUGAGGAUUACAGCGGUACUCUUGUCGAGACGGAUGAAAUGCGGUUUCAGUGGUUCGCCAUGCCAGAAAGUGCCAAAGCUGAACCAUCGCAGUUUACCGCUAUAUCUUCUACGGCUGCAACCGAACCUGAUCUUCUGGCCAUACCGUUUGACAACAUGUGGGAGUCAGACAAGUACUGGUUACCCUUGCUACUCUCGAAGCAUCGCUUUAUCGGGCGCACGGAUUUUGACAGCGUCAGUGAAUCAUUCGUCCUCAAGAAAUGGUGGUUUGGAGUUGCAGCAUAG